AUGCCGGUAUCCACUGUCGCCUCCAGGACUCCUCUACGUUCCAUGGCGGUCGCGUCCCUUGCGGCGGUCAUGGUCACUAGCCAGGACGAGCAGCAGGGCUUGGUCCGCGUUGGCCGGGUGUGUGCUGAUGUGUUUGUAAACCCGAGUGUCAUCACGCCGUCGGAAGAGACCCCGGUUGCAACCCCCUCCGUGGACAGCAUGGUUCCGACCUCGGCCAACAUGGCCCCGGUCUUCCAGGCUACGUCCCCGGCAUUCCAGACCGCGUCUCCGGUAUUCCAGGCUAGCUCCCGCGAGGACUGCGCAGCGUGCAACCAAGAAGUUACCAGUCAAUGCGUGUUGACCCCGGGCUCCCUGCCCACCGCUCAGCCUGCUGCUCAGCCCAUUGCUGCUCAGCCCAUUGCUGCUCAGCCCACCGCGCAGACGCCUGGUGCUCAGCCCGAGGGACGAUGGGUCUACGUGCCGGCUAACGCUGCUCAGCAGCCGAUGCCCACCCAGCAGACCGGCUACACUGUCCUACCCCAGACCGUGCCCGGCCAGCAGCCGUUUGAGGAGCUGUUGAAGUAUGUGCCGGGUCAGGCGCCUGCGUCCAUCUUCCACGGGAUUGUCCCGUCGUCUUACAACGGUCCGUUUGCUCGCGUCUUUGCGAUGGACAAAAGCAGCGAUUUGGCUGAGGAUAAGAUGCCUUCGACCAUGGACGAGCUGCUCAACGGCAAGUUCAACGGAGCCUUCAUGAACCGCGUGCAGACCAUGCUGAGAAACGAGGAAAUUAGGGACCGCCUAAUGGAGCGUUAUGUCAAAGAGACUGCCGAGGACAUCCAUAACAUCUGCUCGGCAGCCCGCCUUAUGUCUCCGGGCGCCCUUAUGGACUGGCUCGUUGGCCGACCACUCUCUGAACGAAGUGCUCAGGAGGGGGCGGCACUCAAGGAGUCGUUCCUCACUAGCGUCCUUAAGUCCAACCUCCCUGGCGUCACGACCACCACUACCACCACGACCACCUCCAAGACUGUCCCGACCCCUGCCACUGACGAUGUGGAUGAUGACCUGGACUUGGAUGACGAGGACUUCAGCUCCGUCGAGGAUUUCGGUGGUGAAGAAUUCACCGUGCUCGAGCAGUUUUAG